AUGGAGAAGUUCAAGACCAAGCUCCAGCAUCUCCGCAGGAAACCUUUGCCAGACCAUCUCAUGGAACCAAAGUUGAAUUUGCCCAACGGCUUUUCCCACUGGGCUGUAGCAUUUAUCGUCUGCAACUUCAACGUCGAUGUAGGGUAG